AUGCCGCUGCAGGCUGUUAUGCUGGUCGUCGACAACUCGGAGAGCAGUCGAAAUGGAGACUACACACCCUCUCGCUUCGACGCCCAGGCCGAUGCCAUAAAUAUCCUAUUCGACAGUGUCACGCAAGGGAACCCGGAAUCAUCAGUUGGCCUGAUGAGCAUGGGUGGCAAGGGACCUGAGGUCCUUUCGACACUGACCACAGAACGAGGCAAGCUGCUCGAGGGCAUGCACCGGACGAAGAAGAAGAUAUCUGGCUCGUCCAACCUGGCAACGGGCAUCCAGAUCGCCAGUCUCGCCCUCAAGCACCGACAGAACAAGUCGCAACGACAGCGCAUCGUCGUCUUCGUUUGCUCACCCGUGGCCGACGAUGAGAAGAAGCUCGUAACUCUCGCCAAGAAGAUGAAGAAGGGCAACAUCGAUAUCGACUUCAUUCUGUUCGGCGACCUAGACGAUGACGAUGUGCAAAAGAAGCUGGAGGCAUUCAACAACGUGGUCAAGGGUAACGAGAGCUCCCACCUCGUUGUCGUGCCCCCGAGCGGCAAGCUGCUGAGUGAUCAGCUCCUUUCUACGCCCAUCCUAGGCGGGGAGGGCGCUGCCGGCGGUGCUGGUGGUAGUGGCGGCGCCGAGGGCGGUGGUGACUUCGGUGGUUUCGACUUCGACCCCAGUGCCGAUCCCGAGCUGGCGCUUGCUCUGCGUAUGAGUAUGGAAGAGGAGAAUGCGAGACAGGCCAAGCAGACCAAGUCGGACGGCGCAGGCGAGGGCAAAACGGAACUGGAGGACAUCAAGGAGGAGGGUGAGAACCAGCCAUUGUUGAACGAGCAGGGUGAGGCGAGCGGAAGUGGAUCUGGGGGCAGCAAGGAUAAGAAAGACGACAGCGACAAGAUGGACACAUCAUAG